AUUAAAUUUUCUCCAUGUUCUAACCGCGUUGUUCCUUGCCGCUCCCAAUAUUGAUUCUCCAUAAAUCAAUUCUUCUCUCACACAAAAAUUGCUGCAAUAUCCAACUCCAACUGAAACCCCCAAAACUUGACACCAAAAUUGCUUGAAUCCGAGUCAUGGCCGAGAGGAUUUUGUUUGUAAUUGUAGCCCUAACUAUAAUAUGUACUCUGUUGGCACCUAAAGCAUUGGGGAACUCUGAGGGCGACGCGCUGUACGCUUUGCGCCGGAGUUUAUCCGACCCGGAUAACGUGCUUCAGAGCUGGGAUCCAAAUCUCGUCAACCCGUGCACCUGGUUCCACAUCACAUGUAACCAAGACAACCACGUCACUCGCGUGGACCUUGGAAACUCAAAUUUGUCUGGUCAUCUGGUGCCUGAGCUUGGGAAACUUGAACAUCUCCAGUAUAUGGAGCUUUACAAGAAUAACAUUCAUGGGUCAAUUCCGGUUGAGCUUGGUAACCUGAAGAGCUUAAUAAGUUUGGAUCUAUACAACAACAACAUCUCGGGAACAAUACCUCCAGUAUUGGGAAAAUUGAAAUUUCUUGUCUUCUUGCGUCUUAAUGAUAAUCAGCUAACGGGGCCAAUCCCAAGUGCACUUGCUAGUAUAUCUAGCUUGAAAGUUGUGGAUGUCUCAAGUAACAACUUAUGCGGUACAAUACCUACUACUGGUCCAUUUGAGCACAUCCCCCUAAACAACUUUGAGAACAAUCCUCGUCUGGAGGGUCCCGAGUUGCAGGGAUUGGCAAGUUACGACACAAACUGCUCAUAAAAAACAGUGAAUUUGGUACUAUUUGCAGUUGUUCUGAAUGGUGCUUUUCCUAAAUAUGUAAAAAAAGUUGUGUAUUGUGCCUUCAGAUACCUAGUGUUGUAAGUUGUUACUCAUACUAGUUUCCAGUGUAGGUUGUUGUAUCAACUAUGAAUGGUGCCGAAUCUGUAAAAUUAUCCCACUAUGAUCAAUUUUCGAAGUUUAUUCUA